AUGGUGAAUCUGAUCCUUUCUCUAAACUACACAGGCAGUACACGUCCUGUCCUGUUGCUCCUCCCCUUGGUUKUCUUUGUCCUAUUGGCUGCUGUGGGACUGUGGUGCUGCUACAGCCAUAAACUACAUAAAAACUUUCCUCUCAAGAACUCGGUCCCACCACCCAAGACAAUUUGUUCAGUCCCUGCUGAAGCCAAACAUCUACAAGCCAACAGUCUUGCCAACGGUCACCUUGCCAACAGUCUUGCCAACGGUCACCUUGCCAACAGUCUUGCCAACAGCCAUGCCAACCCUACCUUCCUACUGAAGAGACAGGGCUCAGACAGGCUGAGUCAGUCCACACCUUGCCCCAGCCUCUCCACCAGGCACGCUGUCUUCUGUCCCACAGUUAAACCCCCUCCCAUACCUGCUUACAUAGCCCAGCAGAGACAGGCUCUAUCCCAGCCCCAGCCCCAACCAUCCCUCCAGCCCCAGCCCCAACCCUCUGUCCAUCCCCAGCCUCAACCCUCUGUCCAGCCCAAGCACCAACCAUCCCUCCAGCCCAAGCUCCAACCAUCCCUCCAGCCCAAGCCCCAACCCUCUCUCCAGCCCCAGCCUCAACCCUCCCCCCAGCCCCAGCCCUCUCUCCAGCCUCUGCCGCAGCCCAAGCCUAAACCUCCUCCCAUCCCCAGCCACCUAGCCCAGCAGAAAGGAUCCCUCCAGCCCCUUCAUCCAGCCAUCCUGCCCCCCAGCCCCCAGUCCUUCCCCUCAACACCUCACACAAACAGACCUGACCCCCCCAACAGACCCCCACCCCCCUGCCCGCUCUCCAAACCCCAAAUAUCAUCAGAUGUGUUACAGAGAGGAAAGUUCAAUCUGGCGCCACCUGGUGGACAGAAGAAACCCAGCAGAUCCCAAAACAUGAUCUCAGGGAGGAGAUGAGGACCAACACUGGACCACUGAGCUCAGUGAGAUUACUGGACAUCUAACUGGGUAUCUCUUCUCUCUCUGUGAGCUGGAUGUUUUUCCACCUGUGUCCAAAGAAGACCAUCAGCCUUUAUGAAGAACAUGACACUGUGGGAAAGGAGAGAGGAGGGCCACAGCUGGACACACAGGGUCUCAGUCCAAAAUGGCAACCUAAAAGUAGUGCACUAUAUAGGGAAUAUGGUUCCGUUUCAGAUCUGUCCAGGGAAGCCUCCUCUGUUGGCCCCGCUCAGUGUUUUUAUUUCAUUCCAACAACGAAGACAAAGGAGUUGCCUGAAACAUCUCUGGCUACWAGYCUAGCUGCCAGGCUUGCCUUACCUCUUGAAACCAGGUGUCCUGUAUACUUGUAAUAUUUAAGACUGGACUUUAUCGACUGAUUUAGUUCUUGUGAAUGCUACCUUAAACCAUGGGUUAACAGUAUCAUGUAUUGAUAUGCUGUUUCAGGUGUAUUUUGCAAAGCUUCAGAGCAAAGAAACUGGUGUUUAAAGUCAAUGUACUGUAUAUGGUUUCUACAGGAGAAUGAGUCUGAAGCGAACAUCUUAUAUUACGACAAUGCCACGCACAGAAUCAUGCUUAAUGCUUCUAGUAUGUGAAUAAACGAUAGGCUGGAAUUAUAAGGACACAGACAUGCAUGUUGUUAUUGCAACAUGUGUAUGCCUAAGACGAGUGACAUCUGAAAUGMUGCAGUAACUAUUAGAAAAUGAUAUAUUGUUUUGGUAUGACUUUGUGUUUUUUUWAUGUUUUGUAUAUUGUACUGUUCUUGUUGUGUUGGGUGCUAAAUUCAGGUCUUCUGACUGAAUGAAUGUAGAUUUGUACACCUUGAAGGUUAAUUGUUCCUGUAUAACUACAUGCAAGUAUGUUAUCUUUUGAAGUGUGAUGCAUAGGACAGCAGAAUCAACCCAGUUAUAGUCAGGCCCCUAAAAUCUAUGUAUAUAAAAUAAUCUGGUUUUCUUUGAUUUAUUGUUGAAAUUUACCAUCUACCAUCGGACCUAUGCAAACAGUGUGCCUUCAGUUUGAUUUUAAAUAAACUGUUUAAAAACAG